UCAACGGACUCAACUCUCGAUUGUGAGAAACAGCUGAAACAACUGGAAGCUGAAUCAUCAAAGCAAAUUCUUGAGCAAAUACGUUUCGUUGAGGCUGAUUCUGAUAAGCAAUAUGGACGUUUGAGUGGAAUCAUUACCGGGAUAAAUGGCAACAAAACGGAAAUGGAAGCUGGAAUUCAAGCCAUUAAUUCAGCACACGACGAGGUCAUGAGUAUCACGAUGAAGUCGCAGAAAACACUGGUGACUUACGAACAGGUUGAAGAAUCCAUUAAACAGUUGACCAUGGGUUGUAAGGAUCUACACGAUAGGAUAAACGAAUACCAACAAAGGGAAGACAUAUGGAUUCUUGAUUGUUCAGCACAAUUGGAACUGAUUGAUUUGAUAACAGAGCACGGAAAAGAACUUGAACGUGUGCGAGAUGAGCUUAACCAGACAGACAUGCAGUGCAGACAGGCAUGUGACCAAUUUAAAGCAGGAACAUGGCGAGAUUUUUCGAACAUACAUGAGCACAGUGAGGAGCAAAGAAAAGAAUGGAAGAAAAACGCCGAGUGUCAGUUGGAGCAAUGGAAACAGAUUGGAGAAAGUAUAAGGAUGCAAAAGAUUACAGACCACGUUAUCGAUCUGUUCAGAUUAGAUCCACAAGCAAGAGAAGAAUAUAAAGCGAUCAUGGAAGAAAGAGAGAAGAUAUGUGAGGAAGGUCAAGACGUUUAAGACAUUGCAUACAGGCGGAAAUUAGUUACUUGCUUUAUGGCGCAUUUAUUGAUGAUUUACGCAAGCGCGAGCAAGAAUUAAGGGAUCAGAGUCCAGUGGAAUCGUAUGACGGCUGCAGAAUUAUAUGAGUGUUGGAACAAACUAUAACCGCAGUUUUAUGUUUAAAUAAAACCGCGCUUUACAUGUUCAUAACCGCGGUUAUAAAUAAAUAACAGAUGUAUAACUUUAUAAACAAAGAUUUACUUAAGUUUUGAGGGUGAAUGUAUUUGAACUGUUGGCUUAAACGGUCCGGCACAUACGUCAACGAAAAUUCACUUGCUACAUCGACAUAUCCGUGACAAAAUAAAGAAAUAGAGUUUUGAUAAUUGGUAUUCUACCAUCAAGUUAUAAAUAACAUGUCAUUAUUUAAAAGGCUGUACAUGAGACUAAUUAUAUUCUAAUAAAAAUAAACUUACACGUAUGUUUUCGUAAUGUAAAUUCAUAAACAAUUUUAAAAAGAAUCAUUUCGUUCUUAAAUAUUGUCCAAUGAUUUUAUUGCACAGUAUAAUUUAGACGAUAAUACUGAUAAUUGUGGUGAUGCUGAGAAUAAUUAUAACAAUACUUAUGUCAUUUAACGUGAUUGGUG